AUGGCGAGCACAACUCAAAUAUCACACGCAUACCGUAGCCUGUAUCGAAACAUCCUAAGGGCAGUACAAUAUUCAUCCCCUGCUCGUUUCGUGGCACGCGAUCAGCUUAGAAGGGCCUUUCGCGAGCCUGGUGCCACCUACGAUGAAAGAGGCAUCAAGCGGACCAACUGGUUCCUGGAGGCUGCAGCCAAGGAGAAGGGGAUGGAGCACAGGAUUCUGAAAAACUUGCUGCGAGUUCAGAAGAUGAGGUUUCGGAAGAGAGCAUAUUCCUCUUAUGAUCCGCUAAAAUAUGCAGAUAAUGAGACGAAAGUGGCGAAUGCUACAGCGUACAAUCACUACGACAUGACGGUUGCUAUGCUUAACAAGAGCAUGGGAACACUGUUGCGCUGA